AUGUUCGCCUGCGGGUGCGACUCCAACUGGGCCAGCCGGCUCAGGUGCGGCGACUGCGGGGGGCGCUGCUCAUCCAAAGUCGAGGGCGCCGCGAGGAAGGCCAACAAGGCCAAGCUCGACGCCCUCAGCGACCUCAAGGCCGAGCUCAAGAUGCUCACUGGCGGGGAGCAAGCGGCGAGCUGCGUCGACGUCGUCGAGGCCAAGUGCGCCGAGCCGCCGAAGCCGAAAAGCAUCACCGUGCUGCGGGGCCAGAUGAAGAAGAAGCUCGAGGGCCAGCACCAGAAGGCAGUCUGCGAGGUCCAGGAGCUUGAGGACCAGAGGGCCAGGCUCGACAAGCAUACCAGCGACGCCAAGGAGUACGUCGCAGAGCUCGAGGCCAAGCUGGAGUCUGCCGACGCCGAGAUCGAAUCCCGUCACGCCGCGGGGGUCCUCGGGGACGGGCUCAAGGGUUUGGCCAAGGUCUUCGAGCAGUUCAAGGCCACGGCGGUCGACGACCAGGCCGUCCACCAGGGCCUCUCCCAGCUCCAGGAGGUCGUCAAAAAGGAUCAGGAGAACGUCGACACUGCUGCCGCCCCCGAAGCACCUGCUGGUGUUCCUGCUGGCGGCAAUGGCGGAGAUGGCGCUGCGCGCGGAAGAAGCACGCCAAGAAGCAGCGUGUUUGAUAGCCACUGGGUCUGCACGAUCAACGCAAACACCGAGAAGGGCGACAGGUCCUUCCUCGAAUGGCUAGAUGGCGCCCAGGCACUCCACGGCGAGGGGCCUGCGCAGAGGCCAGCCGCCGACAUCGCCGUCGUCCAGGAGACAAGGAUUCGCGAAGGAGACCGCGAGGGGGUCCAACGACGGCAUAGGAAGCGCGGCUUCGAUUUCGACGUCGCAGCAGGGCUCAGCAAUGGCGAGGGGCCACAGGCAGUCUCAGGAGGAGUCGGUGUUCGGCAGCAGUUCGCGGUCUUCACGCUCGCCACCAAGUGCAUCCAACCUCGCCGCGUGCACAAUCAGAUGGUCCACCUUGGAGACAGGCUCGCCAUCGACCUCGCGUCCGCCCACCUCCGCGACGGCGAAGGCAUGGGCGAGGUCAGCGGAGACAUCCUCUGGGACCUUGCAGCGCGGCUCAGGGUAGCCCCACGGGCGGGCUCCCUCGCCGAGCUCGACUUCGCGGUCAUCGCCGACGAGCUCCAGCCUUGCGUCUUCAGCCACGGGCCUGUCCCAGGGGCCCCAUCGGCCCGCGCAGUCCAGUUCUCCUUGAGCCCCGAGGCAGCCAUGAAGCAAUGGCUGCGACAUGCUGCGGCCAACCUCCUCCCGCUCUUCGACCUGCACGGCGAGGGGGCCAAGAAGUUCUCCGGCAGGGCCGGGGGCGUGCGCUUCGCCGAGGCGCAGCUGGCAGAUGCUACCCGCCGCCGCCGGGCGCAACUCAGCUCGCGCGCUGCCCAUGCCCGGUGUGACCUGGGCAGCCUGCUGCAGCGCGCCGACCUGCUGGCAGCGCGCGGGGGCGACAGCCACAGCCUACACGGCCUUCGCAGCCGCCUCGGCGCGAUCAGCAUUCCCGACUACGACGGCAACGAGGCCCCUCUCAGCAGAUGCGAGCCGGCCAUUGCUGCCUCCUCGGGCGACGCGGGCCUUCGGAGGCCAGAGCCGCUGCCGAAGGCCGCCCUGGUCGGCGCCGACGACGACGGCGGCCUCGCCCCCCCCGUCAACGGCGACGAGGCUGUGGAGUACUGCCUCAAGGAGUGGCUGCCCCUCCUCUGCGACUCGCGUCGCAGGGGAGGGCUCGAGGAGGCCGCCAGCUGGGGCGCCCCUGCGCCGCUCCCCAACCUCGAGGUCGGCGACUUCAGUUUCUCGCUCAAGAGGCACGCUUGGGAGGGCGCCCCCACGGCCUACCUCGGCUGGCCAUCGGCGAUCGUCUCCCGUGCCAAGCGAGGCGGAGGCAGGGGGCCGAUUGCGCUCACUUGUCUACAGCUUCGCCUCUGGUCGGCCAUGAGAGGGUCCAUCGUCAGGCGCUGGGGCGCGCAGCACCGCGAGGCCUGGUACAUCGGAGGAGAGCUCAACACGUGCGAGAGGGCAGGCUGGGCCCACCAGAUCCUCACGGCCCCGGCGUACGAGAAGAAGCACAGCGCGGGCACGGCGCUAGACGACCUACGCAAGUUCUACGAGAAUUUCAGCAACAAGGAGCUCUUCUUCGAGGCGCAGGCCACUGGCUUCCCAGCCAGACUGCUCAAGGCACGCUGCGUCUUGCAUUCGGGUUGCAGGGCCAUCACGGUGGAUGGAGCAUGCAGCGCGCAUCUGCGAGCAACGGGCACUGCGCUUGCAGGAUCCUCCUGCGCGACAGUGAUCGCCAAGCUCCUGCUCUACAUGUCCUUCAAGAAGGCUACGGCCCUCUACCCGAGCGCGAGACUGGGCAGCGUCGUUGGCGACUUCGCCCUGCAGACGGUCGGGGCCACGGGCAGGGUCAAGGCCGUCCUGGGCCCAGCCGCGCGCACCCUCCUGGCCUGCUUCGACGAGAAGCGGGCCCCCGUCCACUUCGGCAAGCUGAGCUACCUCACCCCCGACGCUGACGCGGCCAACAAGCUGGAGGCGGAGUGGCCGCCCACCGACGGCAGAGCUGACCGAGGCAGGCUCCUCGGCAAAGACGUGCGCGACGGGCGCUGGAGGUCCACCGCCAUCGCGGCCCAGCGUGUCGAUGGUGCCCCGGCGUGCUCCAGACGACUCCAAGUCCCACGAUCAGCAGGCGCCAAGGUCGCCACAGUGCAGAGGGGAGGGCCUACGGCAGCCGCCACCUGGAGCUCGGCCACGACGGGCCUGGCACCCUCAGUCCUGCGCGGGCUGCGCGUGGCUGCGGUCCGCGGCGAAGGGCCCUUCGCGGCAGGGGCCUCGGUCGGCCUGAGGCUGCGCUGCUUCCCCAAGGGCAUCGAGAGGGGCCCCGCUGUCGUGAACGCGGGGCAGGUCUUGCAGCAUCUCGGCAUGGCGCUCUGGAUCGGCUGCCCCGCCGUGCACGCGCUGAGCGCGCUGCUGGACAAGGCCAGAGAGCGCCGCGUGCAGCUGGGUUGGACCAUAGCCGACAGUAGGACCGUGACUACGGACCUCGGGCUUGGGUUCGACCUGGCCAGUGUUCCGCCGACUUUCAGCAAGGAGCUGGCUGAGGAGUCAGCCAAGAGGUGGUCCGGCAGAGACGCCACCAACAAGCUUUACCCGCGCCAGAGCUCCCGCCUCUUCUUGGACGCGCUGCGGAGGCCUGAGAAGGCCAAGGAGUCCGGCGGCUGGGGGCGCCGCCGGAGGGCGGCCCUCCACCCGGUCAUCUCGGGCACGGCGGAGUUCCGACGCGCGGAGGCAUCUCUGGAGCUUCUACUGCACGCCGAG